UCCCAUUCUUGACUGUUUUGUGGACAAGAACAGACAUUGUUACAAUGGGUCUGUGAAAGAAAACAGAUGCAACACAGGCAUCACAUGGAUGUCAUAAUACAUAUGGUUGUAUGAAUGCACCCUAAGGAACAGGACAGAAUAUGGAGAGUGGAGAAGCUACUGAGUAUAAGGGACAGAGGAUAAAGCAGUAGAAGGGAGAAGAUACUGAGUAGAAGGAACAGGGGACAACACAGGAGAGGUGAGAAGAUACCAAGUACAAGGGACCGGACGGAACACAAAAAACGUGAAAAGAUAUCGAGCAUAAGGGACAGGAGAGAGCACAGGAGAGAUCCGCAAAAUACAUAUGGUCGUGUGAAUGCUUCCUAAGGAACAGGACAGAAGAAAUGAGAGUUGAGAAGAUACAGAGUAUAAGAGACAAGAAAGAGUGCAAGAGAGGUUAGAAAAUUCAGAGUACAAGAGACAGGGUUACGGUUAGAACACAUGAGACGUGAGAAAAUCCGGCGUAUAAAAGGGCAGAAGAGGUGAGAAGAUACCGAACAUAAAGAACAGAGGUGAAGGCAAAAGAGAUCGUGUGAAUGCACCUUAAGGAACAGGACAAAAGAAAGGAGAGUUGAGAAGAUACCAAGUAUAAUGAACAGGGAAGAGCGCAAGAGAGACUCUGCAGCCACGAGGAUGAUGACCUGAUGAUCUCACCGUCUAUUAUCCCGAUCACCAUGACCGUGGCGUCCUCUCUCCUCGCUUGUGUCCUGGCUUCAACUUAUGUUGGUUUGGUCUGGUUCCUGGAUUCCAGUUCCUGCCAUCAACAGGAGAACGUCUCAAAGCCCAACUUUAUUAUUAUUCUAGCAGAUGACAUAGGAUGGGGAGACCUGGGGGCAAAUAUGGCCGCCAAGCGGUCACAGACUCCUAACCUGGACAAGCUGGCCUCUGAGGGCUUGAGACUUGUCGAUUUUCAUUCUGCGGCCUCCACUUGUUCUCCGUCUCGAGCUUCGAUACUUACCGGAAGACUUGGAAUCCGUAAUGGGGUCACACACAACUUUGCAACCACUUCAGUGGGGGGCCUUCCUAUCAAUGAGACGACACUGGCGGAGGCUUUAAAAGAAUGCGGCUACAUGACUGGUCUUAUAGGAAAAUGGCACCUGGGUCACUAUGGAAAUUUUCACCCCAAUCGGCGCGGUUUCGAAUACUACUAUGGCAUUCCAUACAGUAAUGACAUGGGCUGUACCGACUGCCCAGGAUACAACCGCCCUCAAUGUGCACCAUGUCCGCAGGAUCCCAGCACCCCCCACAGUCCAGCUGGAGGAUGCUAUACAAAGCUGGCACUACCCCUGAUGGAGAACACUGCCAUCCUGGAGCAGCCAGUAAACCUAACCAGCUUAUCGGCGCGAUAUUCCCAGCAGGCAGUCACUUUUAUCAAGAAUGCCAGGUAUCGGGGGCAGCCAUUCUUCCUCUAUGUGGCUCUGGCACACAUGCAUGUGCCCCUAUCACCCGCCCAUGAAAGCCCUGAACAUGGACCCUAUGAGGACAGCCUGCAGGAGAUGGACCGGAUAGUAGGCGAUAUUACGGCCUGCACUGAUAGUAACACUCUCAUCUGGUUCACAGGUGACAAUGGACCUUGGGCUCAGAAGUGCCAUCUUGCAGGAAGCGUGGGACCUUUUUUGGGAAAAUGGCAGACAACGCAAGGUGGCAGCUCAGCAAAGCAAACAACAUGGGAAGGUGGCCACCGGAUGCCCACGGUGGUAUAUUGGCCUGGCCAGAUUCCACCAAACAGCACAAGCUCUGCAUUAUUGAGUACUCUGGACAUUUUCCCCACUUUGGUGGCACUGGCACAUGGCACGCUACCUGCCAAUCGACGGUUUGAUGGAAAAGAUGUGUCUGAGAUCCUGCGUGGAGGCCCACAGGAUGCACAGAGGAUCAUGUAUCACCCCAACAGCGGAGCCGGCGGAAGAUUAGGGGACAUAGAGGCCAUGAGAUGGGGGCACUACAAGGCCUUCUACACCACAGGUGGCGCUUUAGCUUGUGAUGGAAGCAUCGGACGCCCUCAGUUCCAUGACCCCCCUCUGCUGUUCAACCUUAAUUAUGACCCCCAGGAGGGGGCACCGUUAGCCCCGGGAAGCAAGGAGUACGAGUGGCUGCUUCCUCUCCUUUCCCAGGCAAUGGUGGAUCUUCAUGACGAUGUCCGCACCGACAAUGUUUCCACAGCUGACUACUCCCAGCAUCCAUCAGCCGCCCCCUGCUGUAACCCGGAGCUCGCUGCUUGCCGCUGUGCGGAGCCAGGUGGGGGGGGGGGCAUUGUCCGUCUCCAUUAACCGUUUUGUACUCGGCAGACAUUUAGUAUUUGAAGAGUUUAAUUAUUAUACAUAAUAAAUGAUGUUAAAAUACA